GAAUAACCAGGAAUGCCCCGCUAACAGAGCUUUCCCACCCUCUCCAGCUGCAUAGUCGUUAGUUAGGAUACCGUUAAUCGAGGGCUUCUUUUUCUUCCGUGGGUUUUAACGGUCUUUUGGUGUCCCGCCCAAACGAAACAGCAACUCCGCCACCGCUAGCUUCACCUGCUGGAAUUCUUUCUGCUGCAAGCCCAGAACUCUCUUUCGGCACCCAUUGCCUCAUACCGGCGCCGCAAACCCUCACUACUGACUUUCUUACCCCGUCUCUCUCCUUUCCUGGCAGAACGUGUCCCGAUACUCCGUUUUCUUUCCCUAUCUUAGCCUCAUCGCUUUUUUUACCUAUUACUUCAAAGCGGGUGUUUUCCGAUCGAAGUGUGUGAAAACACACUUUUUUUCUCUACAUGGACAACGUCGCGGACAGUGAUAUGCUCGUCGAUGAAUACGAGCAAUAUCAAAAUAAUAAUGACAGAACCGACGUUGUCGUCGUCUCCCGCGAUGGUUCAGAGGAGCCAGAGCCAGAGCCUCUUGCAGACGACCAUGCAGCAAUGAUGGCGCGGAUUCUCCCCAAAGACCCGGAUUUGGAGACACUGGAAGAGACACACCACACAUGGCACAUUCAGGGUUGGCGCAAUCUGAAGCGCAAGGAACAUGGGCCGGUCUUCGAAUGCGGGGGUUCCCCAUGGCGGAUCCUGUUCUUUCCCUAUGGAAACCACGUUGAGCACGCCUCGUUUUAUCUGGAACACGCAUGGGAAAAGGACCCGCCAGAGAAUUGGUACGCUUGCGUGCAGUUUGCCCUAGUCCUAUCGAAUGUGAACGAUCCCUCUAUAUACAUGUCUCAUGUCGCUACCCACCGAUUUAACGCGGACGAGGGGGAUUGGGGUUUCACACGAUUCUGCGAACUGCGAAGACUUUUCAGCAUGUCGUGGGAAGAUCGAGGAUCGCCCCUGGUUCAGAAUGAAGAGGCGAAAAUCACAGCUUAUGUUCGUGUUGUGAAAGACCCGACUGGUGUGCUUUGGCACAGCUUCCAAAACUAUGAUUCAAAGAAGGAGACCGGAAUGGUUGGAUUGAAGAACCAGGGUGCGACUUGCUACCUUAACUCUCUCCUACAGUCUCUGUAUUUCACCAAUUCUUUCAGAAAGGCCGUUUACGAAAUUCCGACAGAGACCGAGGCCUCGAGGGACAACAGUGCUUGGACUCUUCAGCGACUGUUCAACAACCUGCAAACAAGCGAGAACUCUGUCUCAACAACCGAGCUCACGGCAUCCUUUGGCUGGGAAUCGAGGCAAAUCUUCGAGCAGCAGGAUGUCCAGGAACUUUCGAGAAAGCUCAUGGAACGGCUAGAGGAGAGAAUGAAGGGCACCCCCGCUGAAAAAGCCCUGCCCGACCUAUUCGUUGGAAAAACGAAAACCUACAUUUCUUGCAUCAAUGUUGAUUAUGAAUCGUCUCGCGUGGAGGACUUUUGGGACAUUCAGCUCAACGUAAGAGGCAACAAGACACUCGAUGACAGUUUCAAAGAUUACAUUCAGGUGGAAACUCUUGAAGGUGAAAACAAAUACGAUGCUGGCCAACCGUAUGGGCUGCAAGACGCUAAGAAGGGUGUCAUUUUCGAAAGUUUCCCGCCCGUCCUUCAUCUGCACCUUAAGCGAUUCGAGUACGAUAUUAACCGUGAUGCGAUGAUGAAAUUGAAUGACCGACAUGCUUUCCCAAUGGAAUUUGAUGCAACGCCUUACCUCUCCAAUGAAGCCGACAAGUCCGAAUCUUGGAUCUAUCAAUUACAUGGUGUACUGGUGCACAGUGGUGACUUUAAUGCUGGUCAUUAUUAUGCCUUCCUGAAGCCCACCAAAGAUGGACAUUGGUAUCGGUUUGACGACGACAGAGUGACCCGUGCCACGGACAAGGAGGUUCUUGAUGAGAAUUACGGUGGUGAAUACGAGCUUACGAACGGGGCGACCGGUGUCCGACAGCCUUACACCCGAGGAUUGUCUACUAAGCGGUCGAUGAAUGCUUACAUGUUGGUUUAUGUCCGAAAGACGAGACUGGAUGAUGUUCUUCUGCCCAUUACACAGGACGAUGUUCCUUCUCACAUUGAGAAACGAUUGGUCGAGGAACGCGUGGAAGCUGCCCGUAGGAAGAAGGAAAGAGAAGAGGCCCACUUGUACAUCAACGUCGGAGUCCUGACAGAAGAGUCUUUCCAAUCCCACCAUGGGUUUGAUCUAACGAGCUUCGAACUGCCAGCCGGUGACCCAGCCCUAGCCAAGCAAUACCGAAUCCUUAGAGCCCAGAAGGUUGGGGAGUUUGCGGAACAACUCGCGGAAGAAAAGGGUCUCCAAGGAAGCCAGAUUCGGUUCUGGGUGAUGGUGAAUCGACAAAACAAGACUACUCGGCCUGACCAGGUUAUCAAAGAUCCAGAGAUGACUGUCGAAGAAGCAUACAGUAGAUUCGGCACGAAAGGAAAUGCGUUCAGGGUGUGGAUGGAAGUUGGCGAGCUUUCCGCCGAUGGAACGGUCUCAUGGCCAGAUAGCAACAACUCCGUUCUUAUCUUCCUGAAACAUUUUGAUGCUGCAGCGCAAACCUUGACUGGAGUUGGCCCGGUCUAUGUCCGCAAGAACCAGAAAGUUGCCGAUCUCGCACCGACGAUACUGGAGAAAAUGAACUGGCCUGCUGGCACGGAGUUUAUGCUUUUUGAGGAAAUCAAACACAACAUGAUUGAUGUUAUGAAACCCAAGCAGACCUUCCAGCAGUCUGAAAUCCAGGAUGGCGACAUCAUCGCUUUCCAGCGAACAGUCAAAGACUCGGAGCUGCCCCCUACCGCAUUGUAUCCCGACGCAAGGCAAUACUAUGAUUACCUUCUGAACAGGAUAAACAUUACUUUCGCUCCCAUUAGGGGUGGCGACAGUGAUGAGUUUACGCUGACUCUUAGCCGAAAAAUGACAUAUGAUCAGUUCUCAAAGAAGGUUGGGGAACAUCUUGGGGUGGACUUCACACAUUUGCGAUUUGCUCCCGUCCUUGCAAGCACUGGAAAGCCGAAAGCAUUUAUCAAGCGGAACCCCAACCAGGCAAACCAGACAUUGUUCCAGAUUCUGAGUGGUCAAAUUGGUGGUUACGGGUACAGCAUACACCGUCCGGAUGCGCUGUUGUAUGAGGUUUUGGAGACGAGUUUGAGCGACUUUGAGUCUAAGAAAUGCCUGAAAGUGACGUGGCUCCCUGAGGGUAUCACCAAAGAGCAAGUUAUUGAGGUCUUGGUGCCCCGUGAAGGAACUGUUUCCGAUCUCCUGGCUGGAUUGCAGAAGAAGGCAAACCUUGACGAUGAUGCCAUUCAAAACCUGAGAGUCUUCGAGUCCCACAGCGGCAAGAUAUACAAGGAACUUCAGGAGGAUUCUCGGAUCAUCGGUAUCAAUGAGUUUUCGACGUUGUAUGCCGAGAAAAUACCAGAAGAAGAGGCACAUAUGGAGGAAGGUGAAAGGACGAUCAAUGCGUUCAACUUUGACCGGGAACCGAGCAAGCCGCACGGCGUGCCUUUCAAGUUUGUUGUCAAGCCUGGAGAGAUCUUCAAGCAGACAAAGGAGAGGCUGUCGAAACGGACCGGUAUCAAGGGUAAGCAGUUUGAGAAGAUCAAAUUUGCAGUUGUUCCUCGCAACCUAUACUCUAGCCCGCGCUAUAUCGAAGAGGAUGAUAUACUCUCGGAUAUCGCGAGUGAGCAAGACGAUAUCCUGGGUCUCGACCAUGUAAAUAAGAACCGGAGCUUUUGGAACCGAAGCGAGUCUUUCUUCAUUCGAUAGAAGUGGAGUUGAUGUGGUGUCUUGCAUUCUAGGUUGGAGGGGGUUCCCAUUUAUGGAGGAGGGCAUACUGCUAUCGAAGCUUGUGAAAAUACUGUAUACCUGCUAAGCAACACUGGUAUAUUGACAAAGACCAUAAAUUUGAAUGAAAUAGCUUGUUUUAUUUGCUUAUCUUGCUUUACAUUGCUUGAUAUUGCUUUAUUUAGCACUGAAGCUGCCAGUAAUGUAAGGCAAU